AAACAGGUUGUUAAUUCUUUUCUAAUACUUGAAAUCUUCUAUGCUUAGAAUAGAUAUAUCUCAGUAUCAGAGGAAACAGUUGUAGUUAAGCAGCACCUGGCAGCUAAGCCCUACACAGCUGCUUGCUCACCCACACCCACAGGAUGAGGGAGAGAACGGGAAGGGUAAGAAUAGAAGACUUGUGCAUUGAGAGUUUAACAGGUAAAGCAAAAGCAGUGCACACAAGUAAAGCAAAACAAGGAGUCCAUUCACCGCUUCCCAUGGGCAGCCAGGUGUUCAGCCAUCUUCAGGAAAGCUGGGCUCCAUCACGUGUAGUGGUUACUUGGAAAGACAAACAUCAUUGCUCUGAGCAUUCCUGCCUCUGUCUUCUUUCUUCUUCCCCAGCUUUACCGGCUAAGCAUGAUGCCAUAUCAUCUGGGAUAUCCCUUUGGUUGGUUGGGGUCAUCUGCCCUGGCUGUGUCCCCUCCCAUCUUCUUGUGCAGCCCCAACCUACUCACUGUCAUGACAGGGUGUGAAGCAGAAAAGGUCUUGAUGCUGUGCAAGCAGAGUCAGCAAUAAUCAAAACAUUUUCAAUGCUGUUUUAGGCAUAAAUUCAAAACAGGGUGCUGUACCAGCUACUAGGAAGAAAAUUAACUCUAUCCCAACCAAAACCAGGAUAGGAUAGUCAGUCUUUUGUGCGUUUCAUCUGAUAGCUAGUAGAAAACUGAAAGAUUAAACUGCCUCUAAUUCUACUCAAACUGAUGUCUGGUUUGAACUACUUGUAUUUAGUUUCAGGUAAAAAUCCUUUUGGCAUACAUUUUUCUUACCUUUCAGUUAAAUCUAGGAAGGCUUACCAUGAGAAUUUUAAGUGGUUUACAAGGACUGUUUUUUCUUAAUGUUUUUCUGGAUGCCUUAAGUGGAUCAAGCCAAUAUGGUUCCCAGUUAAAGUGGUACACACUACUAAUGUGAGUGUCCUCUUCAAACCUAGAUUUUAUUUAAUCUUUUUUACUUUUUUGAUCUAUGAAUAUGCCAUGAUGGAGGUCACCAAACUAGAUAAACGUUAUGUCAUUUUAUUGUCUAGCAAGACCUUGUGACUAAUUUCUUGUAGAUCUUGAUUAGUGAAGGUAGAAACUUAACUCCAUCAAGGAAAUAACAAUUACAAGAUGAAGUAGUGUGAUGGAAUUGGAAGAGCUGUCUUUAAAACAAGAUACAACUCGUGCUAAAAGACAUUCCAUGUUUUCAGUGUUCAAGCUAAAAAUUGCAAAAUUUGCAAUUACCUCCAGGUACAGGAAUUUGUAGCAUUUCCCCUGGUCAGAGAUAGCUUGAAAAUUAAAUCCUGUUUUAUCAAUUUAUGAUAAAGGCACAGGCAAAACAUUUAAAGAACAACUAUACACAGAUUUGUAUCAUAAUCUGAGGCUUAUAGAACUUGUCGGCUUUGCAACAUUAUUCAGAAUGGAAUGUUGUGAAUAGACUUUUCCUUUAGUCUGGCCAACACAAAUGUACUUUUAACAGUUGGUAAACGUGCAGCAUUUUAAAUUAAGGCAUGUUAACAUGGGCUGUCUUCCAAAAUGGUUAGCUUGGGAUUUGAACACUGUUUCAAAUUUUUGUUCCAGACAUUCUUUCUGCAUAUUCAAAUGAAGCACUUGAAGUGAUGUAACCUUUUGCCACACAAACGUUGAUCUUCAGCACUUCUGAUUUUAUUGUACUACUUCUUUGUGUCACAUGACAGUGGCAUGUACCAACAAACUUAGUUUCCUACAUUUAUUGGAAGAGCUUCCAGAUUCUCUUUUUCCUGCCAAAAUUCCCAAUGUUUUUUCUUCUUUAGUAGUUUUUUUUUUUUUACUAGGAUGAAUAAUAAUAUUGAUAGACUUCACUAGUAGAGAUUUUUCUGGAUGUAAAGAAACUUUUUUUUGAGUGAGUGAGCACUGGAACAGAUUGCCCAGAGAGGCUGAGGAAUCCUCAUCCACCUUGCAGCCUGCUCUAGAACAGGGUAUUGACCAAGGUUACCAGCAGAGGUUCCUUUUGACCUCAACUGUUCUGUGAUUCUGCAAAUUGAAUUUUUGUAGCUGCCUGAAACUCUUUAAUGCUUAUACUAAACCUACAGCAGCAUAGAUGAGUUUAGAUCAAUUGUUAAGAUGGUAUUCUGACCAAACGUCUUAAGCAUUUGGAGUUCCUGUUGACUGCAUCAGGCCCUUUGCUCUAUUAUCUACUGGAGAGAUUGGCUCUUUGCUCUUAGUGUCUGUGUCAGCCCAUUUAGACAGUGUAUGUACCAUGCAUGUCCAUUGUGUGAUACCAUAUGGCUAGUAAAUCAGAAGGGUUGUUUUGUCUAGUGGAGAAGGUGCCAUUGUUUUAAAAGUCUUAAGAUCUUAUUUUAGACCCUAAGUGUUUAAAAUGCAAAAUUGUAUCUGAUUCCUCUGCUGGAUGACAGUUCCAUGUUUAACCAACAUUUAUCUGCAUAGGCAUGGCAUAACUCAGCAUCUCUCUGGUAUCUGUUUGAAGAGGACACUGUUGGGGGGCCCAGGUAUUUCUUUUAUAUUUUAUAGUUAUAGAGGUGUCCGGACUCUGUAAUGGUCAAAGAUUUCCAGUAGAAGAGGAUGAGACAAGAAUUAAAUGCAUGUGGGAGACUCUGGACCUAGGCACUUCAUGCUUUUGAUGCUAGCUGGGAGGGAACUUGAUAAGCACUUUUAUCAACUUUUCGUAGAAAAAAAAGAUUUGUGGGUCUGUACUUCCAAACAGAGUUUGGAGAGUGGAAAUUCUGAAUAUGGCUUGAUUUGCUCUUGAGCGUGUCAGUGUUUCUAAUGAAUGUCCCAUGGACUCUGUCAAAGUUCGGGGGGUUCUACUCUAGCACUGAGGAGCAGAACCCUGAGCAGCAACCUAGCAUCAGUGAAAACAGCUCUUCAUCGUUUUCGCUAAAAGAGCAAGUGAAAAUGAGUGAUUAUUCUGGACUUGCAAAUAACCAUAGUCAGAUGAUUGCGGAAGAUUCAGAAAUUCAGACAAAGCCUGAACACUCUCACGAAGUUCUUCAGGAAGAUGUUGAAAUGAGCAGUGGAUCCAGUGGGAAUGACUUCAGUGGAAAUGACACAAAUGAAAACUACUCGAGUGGGCAUGAUUCUCACAGCCACGAAUCUGAUGAAAAUGGGAAAGAAUCAGCAAUGCUCAUGGAAUCUUCAGACUGUCAUAAAAGUUCAAGCUCUAAUGCAUUUAGUCUGAUGAUUGCAAACUCGGAACACAAUCAGUCUAGCAGUGGAUGCAGUAGUGAGCAGUCUACUAAAGCCAAAACGCAAAAGGAAUUGCUGAAAACAUUACAAGAGCUGAAAGCUCACCUUCCCUCUGAAAAGAGAGUUAAAGGCAAAUCUAGUGUCCUAUCAACGUUGAAAUAUGCCCUUAAAAGCAUUAAACAAGUCAAAGCCAAUGAGGAGUAUUACCAAUUGUUGAUGAUCAAUGAAUCCCAACCUGCUGGACUCAAUGUGUCAUCUUACACAGUGGAAGAAGUUGAGACCAUAACCUCGGAAUACAUCAUGAAAAAUGCAGAUAUGUUUGCUGUAGCUGUUUCUUUGAUUACUGGGAAAAUUUUGUACAUCUCUGAUCAAGCUGCUUCUAUUCUCCGCUGCAAGAGGGGAUAUUUUAAAAAUGCCAAAUUUGUGGAGUUCUUGGCACCUCAGGAUGUCAGUGUGUUCUAUACUUCUACCACUCCAUACAGAUUGCCAUCAUGGAAUAUUUGCAAUAGAGCUGAGUCUUCCACUCAGGACUGCAUGGAAGAGAAAUCGUUUUUCUGUCGCAUCAGUGCGGGAAAGGAGCGUGAAAAUGAGAUUUGCUAUCACCCGUUUCGGAUGACUCCUUACCUUAUCAAAGUGCAAGAUCCAGAAAUAGCAGAGGACCAGCUUUGCUGUGUAUUGCUUGCAGAAAAAGUACAUUCUGGUUAUGAAGCACCCAGAAUUCCUCCUGACAAAAGAAUUUUUACAACUACACACACACCAACCUGUUUAUUCCAGGAUGUAGAUGAAAGAGCAGUACCUCUCUUGGGAUACCUACCUCAGGACUUAAUAGGGACGCCAGUCUUGGUGCAUCUUCAUCCAAAUGACAGACCCUUAAUGCUAGCAAUUCACAAAAAGAUACUUCAGUACGGAGGACAGCCUUUUGACUAUUCACCGAUCAGGUUUUGCACGAGAAAUGGAGAUUAUAUAACCAUGGACACUAGCUGGUCCAGUUUCAUCAACCCUUGGAGUCGAAAAGUAUCAUUUAUUAUUGGAAGACACAAAGUUAGGACGGGUCCUUUAAAUGAAGAUGUCUUUGCUGCUCCCAACUAUACAGAGGAUAGAAUCCUUCAUCCCAGUGUUCAGGAAAUCACUGAGCAAAUAUAUCGGCUAUUGUUGCAGCCUGUACACAACAGUGGAUCCAGUGGCUAUGGAAGUCUAGGUAGCAAUGGUUCACAUGAGCACUUAAUGAGUGUGGCAUCCUCCAGUGACAGCACAGGAAAUAAUAAUGAUGACACUCAUAAGGAUAAACCGGAGAUUCGUCAAGAUGCCUGUAGGGCCAAAACCAAGGGACAGCAUAUUUUCAGUGCCAGUAAAGCAAAACUGGAAUAUAAAAGAGAGCCUUUUGCAGAAAAACAAAAUGGUCCUGGUGGUCAGGUGAAAGAUGCAGCAGGAAAGGAUACUGCAGUAACAGCUGCUCCUAAAAAUGUGACUACUGAAGAACUGGCUUGGAAAGAGCAACCUGUAUAUUCUUACCAGCAGAUUAGCUGUUUGGACAGUGUCAUCAGGUACUUGGAAAGUUGCAAUGUGCCUGGUACGGCAAAAAGAAAAUGUGAACCUUCAUCAAGUGUUGCAUCACUGAAUUCUGGAGUUCAUGAACAAAAACCAGCUGAUAAUGCUGUACAGCCCUUGGGAGAUCCUGCUGUGUUGAAGGAAUCUGGUAAAUCAAACGGUCCCCCAGUGGUUGGUGCUCACUUAACAUCUUUGGCUUUACCUGGCAAGCCUGAAAGUGUUGUCUCUCUCACAAGUCAGUGCAGCUACAGUAGUACCAUUGUUCAUGUUGGAGACAAAAAAACACAGCCUGAAUUAGAAAUGAUAGAAGAUGGUCCAAGUGGAGCAGAACUCGUAGAUGGCCAGCUUGCCCCUCCAUCCAGCUCUGCACAUGUAAAUCAAGAAAAGGAGCCAUUUAAAAAGCUGGGACUUACAAAGGAAGUCCUUGCAAUGCAUACACAAAAAGAGGAGCAGAGCUUUUUGAAUAAGUUUAAAGAAAUCAAGAGGUUUAACAUUUUUCAGUCCCACUGCAACUACUACUUACAAGAUAAACCAAAAGGACGACCUGGCGAGCGUGGUGGCCGUGGACAAAGAAAUGGCCCUUCUGGAAUGGAUCAGCCUUUGAAGAAAAGUGGAAAGAACAGGAAAUCAAAGCGCAUUAAACCACAGGAGUCUUCAGACAGUACAACUUCUGGAACUAAAUUCCCCCAUCGAUUCCCUCUUCAAGGUUUAAAUACUACUGCUUGGUCACCAUCAGAGACUUCACAAGCGAGCUACUCAGCAAUGUCUUUUCCCACUGUUAUGCCUGCAUAUCCACUUCCUGUUUUUCCAGCAGCAGGGACUGUGCCACCACCUCCUGAGACUUCACUCUCUGGUUUUAAUCAGUUGCCAGACUCUGGAAGUACUUGCCCUGUGCAACCAUCCCAGUACUCUGCACCCCUCAUGACACCUGUCAUAGCUUUUGUGCUCCCCAACUAUGUCUACUCGGAGAUGAACAGUAAUGUACCUCAAACACUUUACCACAGCCAACCCAACUUCACUGCCCAUUCUACUUUCUCAUCACAGACAGUAUUUCCAGCACAGCCACCAUUUGCUACACCCAGCCCUUUCCCACAGCAGACAUUUUUUCCAACACAACCAUUCCACUAUAAUCCACCAGCAGAGAGUGAAAAGGCUCCUGUCCCAGAGCCACGAAAUGAGCCAUCCCGUUCCUGCACUCCACAAUCAGUGGGUCCUCAAGACCAGGCUUCACCACCUCUGUUCCAGUCAAGGUGCAGUUCUCCUCUGAAUCUUCUACAGUUAGAAGAAACCACAAAAACUGCUGAAAGUGGAGCUCCUGUGGGUUUACAUGGAGCUUUAAGUGAGGAAGCAGCCACAGGCAAAAUCAUUACAACUGAUAACUGUGGCAGAAAGGGAUCCUUGCCAGCUGAAUCACCAAUGGAUGCUCAAAAUAGCGAUGCACUCUCCAUGUCAAGUGUCCUACUUGACAUUUUACUUCAAGAAGAUGCAUGUUCAGGCACUGGGUCAGCUUCUUCAGGGAGUGGUGUAUCUGCAGCUGCUGAGUCUCUGGGGUCUGGAUCCAAUGGCUGUGGCAUGUCAGGGAGCAGAACAGGUAGUAGCGAAACUAGUCAUACCAGCAAAUACUUUGGGAGUAUUGAUUCCUCAGAAAAUCAUCAUAAAACCAAAAUGAAGGCAGCAAUGGAAGAAAGUGAGCACUUCAUCAAGUAUGUUCUUCAGGAUCCUAUAUGGCUUUUGAUGGCAAACACAGAUGACACUGUUAUGAUGACCUACCAGAUUCCUUCACGAGAUUUGGAAACAGUUUUAAAAGAAGAUAAGCAGAAGUUAAAGCAAAUGCAGAAACUACAGCCAAAAUUUACAGAAGAACAAAAAAGAGAACUUAUUGAAGUUCAUCCAUGGAUCCAGCAAGGUGGACUGCCAAAAACUGUUGCUAAUUCUGAAUGUAUUUUUUGUGAGGACAAUAUACAGAGCAAUUUUUAUACAUCAUAUGAUGAGGAAAUCCAUGAAAUGGACCUUAAUGAAAUGAUUGAAGACAGUGGGGAAACCAACCUGGUUUCCCUGAGCCAAGUCAGUGAAGAACAGACAUAGCCUUUGAGUCUGUUGUUUUCAAAGCUGCUUCAAAACUACAGUGAUGAUCAAUAAAGGUUUUAAUCUUGUAUCCAGCAAGAUGAAUCCAGUUCAUCAAACAAAUAUGUUUUUCUUGCUCUAGAGGAGUCAUUUGUGAAUGAAUCUCUUUUUAAAUGGUGGCAAUCUCUUCCCAGUAAGGACAUUGCUGAAGAUGGCAUAGCUUUUCGUUAAACGAGAGACACAUAUUUUGCACUUACAUGCCUCAAGUAUUUCUUUAUAAACUACAGAAACUUUCAUUGAUGCCUACUGUUUUUUGCAAAGUGGGUUCAUGAGUACUGAAAAUCCCCUUCAGACAUAUGGUUCUUCAGAUCUCCUUUUGGUAACGAUUCAGCAUUAUAAAUUGUUCUAGCAAUUUUGCUUAGUGGCUCUUUAGCAUUAUUCUUAAUAUUUGAAGUGGUCCAGCAUAGUAGAAGAAAUAACCUUCAAGCAAACCAAUUGACACUUGCCCUUCUCGUAUCAUUUGAUUCCAUCUUCUUUGCUUCCUAUAGGUUAUGAAUGUAGGAACCUUUUUUGUCUAAGAAAUUUUGUAACAUGGUCUUGGGUUAAAAUACUUAUGUGAAUGUGUAAGAAAGUGUAGAUGAGUGCUGACAACUUUGUAGCCUUUAUUUAAAUGGACACUGCAAUGCUAUGAACUGUUUAUUACCUUGAAGCAUCAUUUCUGAGAAUGUAUACACAAGAAGUCUUUAUGCUUUAAAGAUUUUAAAAGCUAAGACCACAGAGGAUGACUGCGUAUGCUCCAGUGACUGUUAGACAAAGAUUGGUGUGAAUUUAACCUUUCUCUCUGAUUUGUUCUGUCAGGAGGUUGGAAUCACACAGAGUCACAGAAUCUUAAGGUUGGAAGGGACCUCGAAAGAUGAUGUAGUCCAACUACCCUGCCAGAGCAGGACCACCUAGAGUAGGACAUCAGGGUUGGUUUUUUCCCUAUGUGGAUAAACAAGCAUCAAACUUGUGACAAGAGAGGAUUAGGCAUUUCUUGUCACUUGAAGAUAGUUCUUGUAAAAAAAAAAAAACAAAACCAAACAAGUUAUUUUUGACAAUAGCAUUGACUUU